AUGGCGCUUCUGGUUCCUGGUGGGUGCGUACGAGUAAGCUUGUCACGGCCGGCGCACGUUAGACGAAGGCUAACUACGUUUGCUACCGUAUCCCCAACCCGAGGAGAUAGAGUGGACUGGGUCGAAGCAACUUCAGGCUUCUUUGAAAAUGACACGAGGCCCAUCAUGUUAUUUGACGGUGUUUGUAACUUAUGUAAUGGAGGUGUGAAGUUCGUGCGUGAUAAUGAUCGAAAUAGGAGAAUAAGGUUUGAAGCUCUCCAGAGUGAAGCAGGGAAGAAACUGCUAAGAAGGUCCGGAAGAGCUCCGGAUGAUAUUUCAAGUGUUGUUUUUGUUGAACAGGAUAGAUCCUUCAUCAAGUCAGAAGCUGUUGUGAAGAUAAUGGAAUACAUAGACUUACCCUUCCCCCAGCUAGCAUUCUUUCUACAGUUUGUACCUCUUUUCAUACGGGAUUUUCUAUAUGACAAUGUUGCAAACAACCGUUACACAAUUUUUGGUCGCUCAGACGCAUGUGAGCUAUAG